AAAAUGGACGCUUCAACUUCGGAAUUUGCCACUGAUUUUAUUGGAAUAAUUUCAAACGAGAAAUUUUCCGGAUUGGAUGAUUUUGGACGAACGGAUUUUUUGAGGAUUUACGACAAGGCUAAGAAGAAUAAAUCGAUAAAAUCGAUAACCCGCCACGAUGUGAAUUUUCGCGCCUACAUCCUUCAAGUUCUGCAUGGCAAAAUUGUGGUGGUCGACAGGAAAUUGAAAACCUGCUGCUUCGAGGUCUCAAUUCCCCUGAUCUUCUCCUGCGGCUCAUUGACGGAAGAUGGUCUUGUUCUGUUCACUUUCAAUAUUGCACCAUAUCAGGGAAAUAUAAAUUAUCGCGAUUUGAUGGUUUUGGCACUUCCUGAUGAGAAAACGGCCGAAAAGCUAUCAGAAGAGCUGAAUUUUAAUUUCGCACGCUUCGCCGAACAACAACUACAGACUGCGUCACGCCAAUCAAAAUCGCUGUCCUCACUAGAAGCAUCCUCUCCGCUAGCAAAUCUUGACACUCCUCUCACCGAAUCGAGUCAUCAAUCAUCAUCGGUUGUCAGUAAGGCGAUCAACGAGGUUCUCUCUUGUCUCCGCCCCGAAGAAGUUCCACAUUUUCGCGAAAUUAUCAAGAAAUACAAUAGCGGCGAGCAAAAUGUGAAGAUUUUCGCGCAAAAGCUCGUCGAACUGCUCGGCCCCGGACGAAAAAAGCGUCUUUCAUACCUGAAACAUGCGUUGAGAGCCGGCGACAUGCUCCAAUUCGACUCGGCGAUUCUUUGAAAUACGCGGGUCGUCAAAAUGCGGGGAGAUGCUGAUGAAGAUGUGGCGGAGACGGAUGGAUUUCGAUUGGAUUUUUUCUUUUUUUUACAUUUUUUUUCAAAUUUUCUCCUCUAAAAGUCGGUUUUUCUGUGAAAACUACCCGCAAAAUCUGAGAAUUUCGCGUUUUUUUUCUGAAAAAUUGCGUGAAAAACCACAAUCCACUUGGAUUAAGCUGAAAAAUCGGCAAUUUUGUAUAUUUUGUCAGGAUUUUGAUUUAAAAAUCGAAUUUCUUGUGAAAAAUUUGCUUUUUCGGUGAAAGUCGGUUUUUCUUGAAAUUUUGCACGAGGUUUCUCCUGAAAAUUGGCUUUUCUUAGAUUUUUUUUCAUAAAAUUCCCGGAAAAUUUGUGGUUUACUCAAAAAAUGCCCCGUUUUUCCAAUUUUUUCCUGUAAAUUUGGUGGUUAAAAAAUGACGAAUUUUUUGCAUUUUGUGGAAAAUAUUUGUUCGGAAAAAUCACAAAAAUUCUCGAAUUUCGUGUAAAAAUAUAGAGAAAAACGACAUUUUUUCCGCUGAAAAUUGAGUUGUCUUAGAUUUUUCUGAUAUAAUUCCCUGAAAAUUAGUGGUUUUCUCAAAAAAAAAUGCACCGAAUUUUUUAAAAAAUUCCACGUAAACAUGCGCAGAAAAUUCCUUUUUUUUCUGAAAAUUUGAGCAAAAAUUGCCGAAUUUUCUUCAAAAAUGAUGUUUUUUUCGCAAAAACUCAAAUUUCGUGUGAACAUUUUCGGAAAUUUAUCGAAAAAACUGCAUUUUUUCGCUGAAAAUUUGAAUUUCCUCUCGAUUUCUCUCUCACUUUUCCGCAUUUUUUUCCGUUUUUUCCUCCCCGCUCCGCUCAAAAAAAUCAAUAAAUAAAUACUU